GUAGGUUGGGUUUACUUUUUUUUGCUAUUUUUUUUAUAAAUGCACAUGCACGAGAGUGAUAUUCUAGGUAAAAUACGGCAGCACAGAUGGCACAAACAUUAGUUAAAUAUUACAUCAACUUUGAAACAAACAGGUUAUAGUCACUGAUGAGUUCUAGUAUUAAAAUUAGUACAAGAUAUUUUUGUUCUUUAAUGGUCAGGCUUGCAUGUGCAGCAUCCCUCGGCAGUGUGAGAAUCUCUGCUUCUCUUAUUCCUCUGCUCUUCUCUUAUUCUAUUGUGUGUAUUUUUCAGGGGACAACUUUAUGCCAAGCAUCAAUAGUUUGCAUCAUCAUUGGUUUGCUGUAUGUGUCUCGUGCUGUCUACAAUAUCAUUGCUGUGAUACCUCAUGGUGGGUUACCUUCAUUUGGCUAUGGCUGGAUCAAUGUUUCAGAUGAGGUGUGUUAAAUAUAUCUGUUAUUACUACCACAAGCUAGUGCCCCCCCCCCCUCCCCCAAUGGGCACAGGGACUGCCCUUGUGAAAAGCUGAAAUCCGCGCAGAAUAAUGUGUGAAUAAUGAU